GUAGAUUCCAUGCUGAGUCACGUGGUUCAACACUUUCAUUGAGGUCGAACUAGUGUUCAUUGUCACACAGACAGAACGGAUAUUACAAUCAACAUGCUGAAGGUGGCGAUCCUCGCUUUGCUUUUUAUUAGCAACGUGAAGUCAGAUGGAGACGACGGCUCGUCGGGUCAUGACCUUUUCAACAAGUACGACAUCAAUCAUGACAAUCACAUGGGGAUAACGGAGUUCCGGCAUCUGUUCAUGGGAUUUGAUGCUUGGCCAGAGGAUGGUCGGGUCAGCGAACAUGAGUUUAUUGCUGGUUGGACAGCUUAUCACAGCGAAUUGACUGAGGAUAGAUCUACGGCUCUGUUUUUCCUGCGUACAGACCUUGAUCACGAUGGAUCAGUAACGGCAAGCGAUGUCGACAAGCUUUUCCAUAUGUUUGAUGAAAAUGGAGACAAUUCCGUGAGUGAUCGGGAGUUCUGUGACGCCUUCACGGCCAUGUAUUACCACAUCAAAAAAUGUUGAGUGUUUCAUAACAGAAAACAAUAAACAUUGACGAAUCUUU